AUGAAUAUGAAACCUAGAGUAGUUAUGGUUGGAACAAUAGGAUGUGGUAAAACAACUUUACUCAACAAAAUUUGUAAUAAAAAUCUUUAAACAUAUUUGGGAGGACCUCAAGAUACUAAAGAACCAAAUAUAAGUCAAAGCGCUUAUGGGAAAGGAUUUCUAUUGUUAGAUGCACCUGGAUUUUGUAAUGAUUGUACAAGACUAAAUGAUUGUAUUGGAAUACUAAAAUCUAUAACAGAUGAACCUAUAAACUAACUGCUUGUUGUAGUUAAAUUUGAUCGACAUACUAAAGAGGAAUUGAGAAGGAUUAUAAAUAUUUUCAAAAGAAUUAAGGAUGUUAUUACAGUAGUUAUUACUUUUUUUCAUCAAUCUGAUGAUUAAAAUGAAAAUAGAGAAAAAAUUAUUAAAUGGCUAAAGUAAAUAGAAGUAGAAUCAGUAAUAUUUAAUUGUAUGAAUACAUCAGGAGAAGAGCUUUGCAAUUAGAUCGAUAGAAUAAAUUCUAAUUCAAAAUAAGGAAGGAUAUUUGAGUUAAAAUAAACAGAACUCUUUAGUAAUUUUAAUUUAUUUAGUUAUAAUGAUGACAUAUUUGAAAAUUUGAUAGAUGCACAAUAUUAACUUAGAGAUUAGUUUUUAGGCAUCGGGCGAUUAUUUAGAAAAGUAAUUGAAGAUUUUCCAAUUACUCAAUCAAAAUUUUCAGAGUUUGCACAUUAAAUAAUAUUACAUAUCAAAGAUCAAGCUGAUAAUUGUUUUUUUUAAUUUAAAGAAAAGAGGAUGGAUUUAUUUGAAGAAAUAUAUGCAAGUUGUCAAUAUAAAGAAUUAUAAAUUUUAGCAGACAAUCGAAUUAAGAAAUAUUUAUCUCAAUAAGUUUAUCAUACUAUUUAUUGUGCAUUAUAAAAAAUGAAAUAAGGUGGGUUUUUAGAUGUUAAUUUUAUUAAACAAUGUCCUUAUUGUGGAGAAAUUUGGAUAUAGCCAAAUGAAUUUGAGGGUUUAAUAUUUUGUGGAUCAUCAAAGUCUAAAGAAAUUUAUCUUCAAUAAAAAUUUUAAAUAAAAAUGUUAGGCUGCGGGAAGUAAUUAUAAUGGAAUGAUAUGAAAUCUUUACCAUUAUCUUUUUUGAUUAAUCAAUCUAAUAUAGAAUCUUUUAAUUAUUUAUCUGCUGUCUUAUCAUAAGAGGAGGAAGAUAAAUAUAUUAAAGCAGCUAAGAAAAUUGAAACUUUAAUAAAAGAGAAAAAAAUUAUAAUAAUUUGA